UAUCGCCUUCGUCUCAUCUGGUAAACAGGCUCAAAAGGUUUUGCACAAAAUGUGCAAAUGAUAAGACACUGUGAUUGGCCUCUUCCACCUGCUAGAGUCCUUAAAUAGAGGAAAAUUCCCACCAUUCUGCUCAGAAAUCUUCUUCAGCUUCCACCAUGAGCUCAAAGAUUUAUGGAGCUGUAUUGUUGUUGGCCAUAAUCACUUGUUUUGCUGCAGCUGAUGCACUUCAUCAUGAUGAUGCCCAUUUGUUCUCUGUAAGAAUUGUGGGCACUGUAUUUUGUGAUACAUGUUACAAGCAACAAUUCUCCAAAAACAGCUACUUCAUUUCAGGUGCUUCAGUUGCUGUGGAAUGCAGAAACAAUAAGCAGACACCUGAUUUUCGGACUGAAGCAAAGACAAAUAAGUAUGGACAGUUCAAGGUGGAACUUGUUCCAUCCAUCUUCCACUCAGAUAAACAACUAAAGAGAUGCUCUGUAACCUUGCUUCAAAAUGAAGAGCAAAAAAGCCCUUGCAAGCUAGUAUCCACAGCCAACUCCUCCUCAUUCACUUUGAAGUCAAAGAAGGGUAGUAUCCACACAUAUUCUGCAGGUUUCUUCAGCUACAGGCCUCAAUCUCCACCCUCCUUUUGCUCCCAAGAUGUUGCUACUGACCCUAAAUCUGCCCUAAAGGCUUCAUUGAAAUCCUCUAAGGAUCUGUUACCUCCCAUUCCAUUAGAAACACCACCACUGGUUCCACUCCCUCCUCUGCCUCCAGUCGAUGUACCAUCGGUUCCACUCCCUCCUCUACCACCAGUGGAUGUACCACUGGUUCCACUCCCUCCUUUGCCACCAGUGGAUGUACCAUUGGUUCCACUCCCUCCUCUGCCACCAGUGGAUGUACCACUGGUUCCACUCCCUCCUUUGCCACCAGUGGAUGUACCAUCUCUCGUUCCACUUCCCCCUCUGCCAGUGCCACCAUUAACACCUCCUGCCUAAUUUUCUUCCCCAACCCAUGACUAAUACCUUCCACCUCCAUUUUCACUCCACUCCUUAUACCCCUUAAACCAAGUUUCUUCUAAUACUCUCAUUGUUCCACUUCCUCCUCUGCCACCAUCAAUACCUCCUGCCCAAUUUCCUUCCCCUUAAUACCUUCCACCUCCAUUUUCACUCCACUCCUUAUAACCCUUCAACCAAAUUUCUCCCAAUACCCUCAUUCACUAGAGGUUCUCCAUAGUCUUAAAUGUUCUUCAUAAUCUUAAAUGUUCUACUGUACUCGAAGUUUGCAUCUUAUGGUAAAUAGUCUCAGCUUUCUAUUGGCAUUGAAGGAGUUAGAUAUUUGUAUAAUGUUUGCUUAAGCAGCAAUGGAUUAUGAAAUCUGUAGAUCUCAGACUGUAUGAACAGUAAAAUCUAUUAUCUUUCAUAAAUAAUUAAUCGGAGACCUAGUUAUUUCAAUAAAUAAAGAAAUUGGGCUUGUUUACAAAAUCAA